AGAGCCGCAGAGCACGCUGUUUAGAGGACAGACCUUAUAUUUAUAUCAUAUAUCAUAUAUAUUGUAUUACAUAUUGCAUAAAGUAAAUAUAUAUGCAGGCUCAGGGAGGAACGGAGCACGUGUAGCCGCGUCAUCAGGACACACACAGGGCGGUGUGUUCAGGGCCCGUUGGAGAAGGGAAACAUGCUGAAGCUGCUGGGGGUCCUACGGGUGGGGCGGGGCCUGAUCCAUGGGGGGCGGGUGCUGAUCCCGGGGGGGCGGGGCCUGAGUGGGAGAAGUGGGAGGGGCCUCAGAGGCUGCACCGUAGACCCCGGGCAGGAAGAGACCUUCGUGUUCGUGGACUUUACAGAUGCAGAGCCUGAGGGGGAGAAAGACCUCCUGCCUCCCCCCCCGACCCUCCCUCCCCUCCCCGACCCUCCCUCCCUCUGCUGCCCCCCCCCCUCAGAGGCUGCGUGCUCUGGAGCUGCAGCUGCAUGCGCUGGGGGGCGGGGCUUCCCUUCAGGGGGGCGGGGCUUCACUGCAGGGGGCGGAGCUGCACUUCCAGGACGUGAAGUUCCCCGGGGGCGACAGCGCAGUGUCUUUAAAGAAGCAGAAGAAGAAGAAGAAGUCCGGGGGGGGCGUUCACAAAGUGGUGGGGGCGCCGGACGCGUCUGAGCCAAUCAGUGACGUCAGCUGCUCGGGUUGCGGCGCGCUGCUGCACUGCAGCGUAGCGGGCGCCCCCGGUUAUCUGCCCGGCAACAAGUUCAAGGAGCUGCGCCUGGAGGGGGGUCUGGGGGAGGCGGUGUGCCAGCGCUGCCACCUGCUGACGCACCACAACCAGGCGCUGCAGGUGGAGCUGUCGGCGGAGGGAUACGCUGCGGUGGUGAAGAGGCUGCGCCCCCUUCAGGGUCUGCUGCUGCUGGUGGUCGACCUACUGGACCUCCCCGACUCUUUACCCUCCGACCUGAUCUCCAUGGUGGGGGACAACAAGCGCAUCGUGGUGCUCGGCAACAAGGUGGACCUGCUGCCGGGCGACGCCCCCAACUACCUGCAGCGAAUCAGACGGCAGCUGGAGGCGUACUGCGCGGCCGCCGGGCUGCAAGUGAGCGAGGUGCAGCUGAUCAGCGCCAAGACGGGCUUCGGCAUCGAACAGCUGGUCUCCCGCCUGCAGCGCACCUGGAGUUACCGUAGCGACGUGUACCUGGUGGGCAGCUCCAACGCAGGGAAGUCCUCUCUGUUCAACGCUCUGCUGCAGUCAGACUACUGCAAGAGCCGCGCUGCUGACCGGCUGCAUCGAGCCACCGUGUCCCCCUGGCCCGGGACCACUCUGGACCUGCUGAAGUUCCCCAUCAUUAACCCGACUCCCUACAGGAUGUUCAGACGAGAGGAGCGUCUGAGUGAGGAGAGAGAGCUGACGGAGGAGGAGAGAGAGAGGGAGAAACACCUGAAGAGACAGGGGUACCUGACAGGUCGUGUUGGGAGGACGUUCAGAACGCCCCCCCCCCCUCGAGACGAGAUCCAGUUUGACCCGGACAGCCUGGCUCUGGGGGAGGGGGGGGAGACCCAGGCAGCGGCCCCCCGCCCCCCCAGGCAGCAGGGCAGCAAGGAGGAGGAGGGGAACUGGCUCUACGACACCCCGGGGAUCCUCAAGCAGCACGACAUCCUGGCGCUGCUCUCUGAACAGGAAGUGAUGUCAGUGGUCCCGACCCAGGCUCUGGUCCCGAGGACCUUCGUCCUGCAGGAGGGGGCCAGCCUGCUGGUGGGGGGGCUCGCCCGCAUCGACUUCAUUAAGGGUGGGGGGCCCUGCUGGUUCUCAGUUCUGGUCUCCAGUCAGAUCCCAGUCCACAUCUCCAGCCUGGAGAGGGUCCAGGAGGUCUAUGAGAAACACGCAGGACACACACUGCUGGGGGUACCUGCUGGGGGGUCCGAGCGGAUGAAGGACUUCCCCCCCCUGGUCCCUCAGGACUUCAGGCUGCAGGGAGUGGGGUAUCAGGAGGCAGCCGGAGACCUGAAGCUGUCCUCUGCAGGGUGGGUCUCAGUGACGGCCCCUCCAGGUGAUCAGCUGCUUCUGCGUCUCCACGGCCCAGAGGACGCCUCCUUCUCUCUGAGGACCCCCCCCCUCCUGCCUCACCUGGUGAAGCUGAAGGGAGACAGGAUCAGGAAGUCCGUGGCCUACAGGACCCUGAAGCACGUGGUGCUGCAGAGAGAGGAGGGGAAGAAGAACUGAGAUGGACAGACAGACGUCACAUGACCUCGUUAACCUGGUCAGGAUCCAGUAGGACUUCCUGUUGAGCCCCUCCCCUCUGAGACUCUGAAGGACUUCCUGUUGAGCCCCUCCCCUCUGAGACUCAGAAGCUGCUGAUGGAAUAUUUCAUAUGAUGUAAACGUGUACAAAAACAUGUUUAUGAUGUAAACAUGUUUUUCUACACGUCUGUUAAUGUAAAGGAUUGUUUAUGAAUAAAUAAUAACACAAGUUCA